UGCCUUUAUUAAUAAGGAUGCACGCGCCAAAGCGCUCGCGCUCAUCGUCUGCAUCCAUGUAAAAGGAAGUUGGACAGAGAGGAACAUGGCAGAGCUUUCUGAUAAACAGAACAUGCUGGCAGAACAGGAGAUUGAUAACUCACUGAAUGGUAACCCACUGCCAGUGGCUCUGUGGAGAAGAAUGUGGAGAGCGAGCAUUACAGCCGGAGCAUAUCUUCUCCUCUACACACUCUCUCAAGUUACUGGGCUGUGGGUUCUUUACAUGCUUAAUGGAUACAGAGCGUUCCCAGCUGCACAUAAAGUCUUGGACCUUCUCCAGUACUUUUUGUCUACUACCGAUUCUACUGACCAACAGAUGGAGAUUUGGAGAGUUGAAUGUGUAUGUCCACUGCUAGCAACAUUGUUUCUUGGAGUGGUGAUCCUUGGCACUGGAACAUUGUUCUGCAUUAAGACGUUGGUGCCGGGUAAUUCCGCUGGCUUCCCAGAUGACCGUCGCCAAUCCAUGAGCAGACAGCCGUCCUUUACUUACUCUGAAUGGACUGAGCCCAAGAAGGAGGAUUUUUAUGACCUGGAUGCAAUUCCAGACACACCUGUGUUUGAUUGUUUCCUGGACAUGAAGACAGACAGUGACCCUAUUACGCUCAAGGUCAAACCUACGGGCAUACAGGAAAGGAGAGGUUCCAAUGUGUCUCUUACCUUGGAUAUGUGCACUCCUGGUACCACAGAGCCAUAUAGCGCGUUGGCAUCUCCUCGAGACCAGAGCACGCAAGAGUACCUGGAAAAUGCAUCCAACCCUCUCACGCCUGAACAGCUGCACAAACGUGCUAUGGAUGAGGCUGUUCUACAAGCUGAGUUUUAUGAGACACCUAUGAACUUUGUGGACCCCAAGGAAUACAACUUUCCUGGUGUGGUGAGGAAGAAUCGGUACAAAACUAUCCUGCCAAACACACACAGUAGAGUUUAUCUUCAGACAGCGCAAGAAGAUGACUUUCUCAGCACCUACAUCAAUGCUAACUAUUUAAAAGGCUAUGGUGGGCAGGAAAAGUCGUACAUUGCAACCCAGGGUCCAACUGUAAAUACAGUUAAAGACUUUUGGAAGAUGGUCUGGCAGGAGCGCUGCUCAAUCAUUGUCAUGAUCAACAACAUUGAGGAGAAGAACGAGAAAUGCACAGAGUAUUGGCCAGAGGACAGUAUGACCUGUGAGGGCAUUGAGAUUACUCUUAAACAGUUCAUCCAAGCAGAUGACUACAGUCUGAGGAUCUUCACUGUGAAGUACGAGGACGAGGAGCGCAGUCUCAGGCACUAUUGGUACACGUCGUGGCCAGAUCAGAAAACGCCAGACAAAGCUCCGCCUCUUUUACAACUGGUUCAAGAAGUGGAGGAAGCAAGAAAACAAGCUCCGCCCAACAGUGGAUCUGUCAUUGUCCACUGCAGUGCAGGGAUUGGUCGCACUGGCUGCUUCAUUGCCACCACCAUCCUGUGUGAGCAGCUGAGGCGUCAAGGCGUGAUCGACAUCUUGCAGACCACCAGUCAGCUACGUUUGGACAGAGGGGGCAUGAUUCAAACGGCGGAGCAGUACCAGUUUGUCCAUCACGUUCUGAGCCUGUACGAAAGGCAGCUGGCACAGAGAUCGGAAGAAUAGCGUCUGCCGCAGCGAAAAUCCCAACCCGCUGCUUUUUUACAUCCACCGUCACGUGACAUCAGUCGGUCAUGCGUGUACGUUCUGCUCCGUCCGGAAUGUAUCAAACUGUAAUCAAACGUUAACUGUGGGUUCAUGAGCAAACCUACACCUACAUCUCAGGACUUCACCACCUUGAUGCCCGUCUCUAUCAGCACAAUCAAUACAGCUUCAUAAGGCAUUGUGGAGGACUGGAGCAUUGUCUCUGAAUAAUGCCAACAUUAUUUAACCCUGGUCUGUCCUAACGUUUCACUUAUUCUACAACACAGACCCCAUCUUGUCGGCUAAAAUGAAAUCACUAUAAGAUGGAGCACUUAACGGUAGUAUUUAAAAUGCAGUAUUUAUCCUCGCUAUCUGUAGCGGUAGAUAACAAUUCUGUUUUCUUAUGGCCUCCCCAAAAAAACCACUGUGAAGUGCCUUGAAACAGUAUACAGCUCCAAACACUUUUCAUUACAUAAUUAUAAAUAAUUUUAGAUUGUGUGAUUCAUGUUGUUAUAUUGUAUAAAGACUUCA